AUGCAGUCGAGCAACCUCCUUCUCCUUAUUUUGUCAGUUGGUGCCAUUGCCAGCCCUGUUGCUGCACCAAACGAGGAUUCAACCCUUGAGGCUCGAGGUGGUCCCUAUCCUUGCUCUUAUUGGAGUGAUAAUUGCAAGAAAGACUGCACCGGAGGCAGCAUGUAUCUUAACUGUGCCGCUUCUUACUGCGCUGGCACUGUUUGCAAGUGCAACUGCCAUUAUGGUUAA